AUGUCAGCAGAAAUGCAAGAUUCUGCGCAGGUAGUUUUUCGUUUGCAUUCGUCACAUCCAGAUGACUUCCAUCGCGACGCUCUCUUGAGCAUCGGGCCCACGUCCGCUGGUGCAGAUAAUGACUACCUUUCAUUUGAUGCAGUACACGGGCCGACAAUCGUAGAAAGUCUAGGGCCUUUUGGCCAACGGAUCAAGACUGUGAUCAGCUCAGGAGAUGAAGUGCCAACCGCGCACAACCUCCCAGACCUCGUCACUGAAUAUGGGAAAGCAGAUUUCUUGACUUCUGCUUUUACCCUCUUCCUCAUCUUCUCAUGCGCUAUUACGCUGCUUACACUGGCCUGUAUGGGCCUAAGAUUGUAUGCCAUCAAACACUUACAUACCCAAAUUCUUUGGUCUCACAAGGCUUGGCAAAGUUUGCCCCAUGUUGAGAAGCGUGCGGUGUUAUCCUCCUGCAGGAGAAAUUCAAACACUGGAACAGCUAUAGCGGUGACGCAGAGCGUACUGAAUGAGAAAUCCGAGGAACCCCCGUAUUUCAGUGCUCGCGGGUCUGCUCUACUGUCCCAUGUCUCCGUCACCACCUCCGAUGACUUAGAAGAAAAUCCAGAGGACGAGAAGUUCCACGAUGCUUUAGACAUUCCACCGUCUUUCGGUGUGCAAGACCUUUCGUCAUCUGAUUCACCUUCGCGGGAUCUUCCUUUACCACCUAUCACGACGGCACUUGACCCUACCCCAGAUGAUCGAUCCACUCCUCCGCAAGUAUCUGUACACCCAACAAUAGAUCCUGAAGCUCCUGAACCACCUGCGCGUCCUUCCUGGUCUGUGCGGGUCACCAGUUCUAUUCCGGCACCUCCUUUGUCGCCGCUUAUCCAUCCUCGCAGUCGCGCAUACCGUGCUGUGCCUGAGUUUGACAUUGCUCUGGCGAUGCAGCUCAGGCCAGGCCGCGGCGUUGGCGCUGAUCCAGCGUGGAUGGUGCGCUUCUUAAUGGCUAUUUUUGGAUGGUUUGCUGUUGCGCUUACAGGGAACCAAUAA